AUGAUGAAGAACUUUAGCGUUGCUAUCAACUGCCCCUUGCCAGCUGAGAUAUCGAUCAAGGAUGUCAAACGGGGCAUCCAGAGGCUCAGCGGGACGUUCCAUGAACGGGUCCUCUCAACCACCGACGUGUUAUGCACUUCUGAGGAUCGCGACCGAGAUUCACCACAGACUCGCCUCCAGGUGGCACGGCAAGGCGGUGUCACUGUCUCUUUCGACUGGCUUCAAGAUUCAUUCGCAGCUGGCCGCUUUGUGGACCCCCUUGAAUAUCCCAUCUCUCAAGAACCAUGGACCCUUCGCGGGGAGGAUGAGGAAAACAGUGAGAAAGAAAUUGAGGAAGAGAGCGAGGAAGCGAUUGUGGGAGAAGUUGAGGAAGAGAGCGAGGAAGAGAGCGAGGAAGAGAGCGAGGAAGAGAGCGAGGAAGAGAGCGAGGAAGAGAGCGAGGAAGAGAGCGAGGAAGAGAGCGAGGAAGAGAGCGAGGAAGAGAGCGAGGAAGAGAGCGAGGCGCAACGCGUGGAAUGCUGUGGCAAUAUCACCAUCCUACUCCGAAUUCUCUACUUCCGUGUGAUGAAGGCGGUCGAAAAAGAAACGGAGGGCGAGAGUGACGCAGAGCGCAUGGAAUGCAUUGACCAUAUCAAUGCUAUAUUUCGUUGCUUAGAAGCUACCUUGUCGACAGCGGUUGGGGAAAACAUGGAAGGCGAGAGUGAAGCAGAUGACGAAGAGAGUGACGAGAGUGAGGAGAGUGAGGAAGACCGUGAGGAAAGUGAGGAAGACCGUGAGGAAAGCGAGGAAGACCGUGAGGAAAGCGAGGAAGAAACCACCCUGGCUCGAUUCGACCCCGGGAGGCCUUUGUAUAACUGUGGCAUUGUCGUAGCCGACGAAUCCCCUUAUAUGACCAAGGCGCAGCUUGAGAAAGAAGUCGUUCAUCUUGGAGGGGUAUCAUUAUUUAGUCUCUCGAAGGAUACUACUCACUUUGUGGCCUCGCGAGCGACAUACAACAAGCUUCCGCAAGCUGUCCUCUCGUACUUCCACAAAGUCUCCUUCGUCAAUCAUGGUUGGCUAGACGCCUGCUCGCAACAGGGCUCUCUAGUACAUGUUGGUCCGUACAUACACGACAGGCUGGACGAAGAAGAGAGCGAAGAAAGUGAAGAAGAGGACCGGGAGGAGGACGAAGACAAAAGCGAAGAGAGUGAAGAAGAGGACCGAGAGGAGGACGAGGACGAGAGCGAAGAGGAAGACAACACGAGUUAUUUUCCUAGAGAAUGGCGUAGCUGA